AUGAAGGAAACAGGUUCUGAACUUAUCUAAGUUGAGAACAAAGUUUUACAAAUUAUUAUGUGUAUAUUAUUAAAGUUCUUGUAAAGUAUGAUUAAAUUAUCACACAAUCAUAAAUAAGUAUGGGGUUUGUUGUUAUAAAGAGAUAAAUGUAAUAUGACAUAAGUUAAUUAGGGAUAUAGAUGUAGUCGAAGAGAACGUAGAUUAUAAUAGCUAAAGAUUAAUUGUAAAGUGAAGAGGAGAAGUAGACAUGA